AUGAUGAGCGUCCACGCUCUCGCCCACCUGCGCCCCUUCCCACCCUCGUUCCCCUCGCUCGCGUGCGACUCGGCGACCCUCGUCGACACCGACGUCCCUGUCACCUGCCCCGAGCCCCGCGCCCACUGGCUCUCGUGGGCGUCCACCUCGACCUCGCCUCCUCCCGUCAUCGCCUGCUCGCCCUUCAUCCCCGACAACCUCGUCGAGCACCUCAUGCGCAACAAGCGCGACUCGGCCAUCACGACCAAGUACCUCGCCGGCACCGCCAUCACCAACGGCGAGGCCGCCCUCCACUCGUUCGUCACGGCCCUCGUCCCCGCCGCCGCGUGCGCCGACUAUGCCUGGCACGGCGGCCACUCGGCCGUCGAGCUCGGCGCGACGCGCGACGGUCGCCGCAAGCGCGCUCGCCGCAUCGUCCUGUCGACCGCGCUCCACCAGGACUUUGAGGACGGCCAGGUCGCCGAGACGUUCUUUGCCGUCGCGCGCGCGCCCAUCUCGGGCCAGGACCUGUACGUCGACGGCAGCUUUUCGAUCCCGACCGUCGCGCAAAAAGCCGACGACCUGCAGCGCGCCGCGUACGACUUCCGGCUCAAGCGCCACGCCGUCCGCCACCUCGUCUCGUCGGGCGCGCUCCCGUCGCUCGGCUCGCUGUCGCACCCGCCGUGGUCGAGCGCGCAGGCGACGACGCUGCUCAAGCGGCACCUGUCGAGCUCGCCGUCGGUCCCGCCGUCUGCGGCCGUGCGGGACCGCUGCCUCGUCCUCGAGUCGGGCACGGUCCUCUCGCUCGACAUGCUCGUCGCCGCCUACAUCGCUUCCCUCUCGAACGAGCUCUCGGCGCUCGAGGCCCUGUGCGUGGUCGACGAGGGUGGCUACGCCUACACGUUCUCGCCGCCGGCCAUCUUUGCGCGCCGCCUGCCCGCCGACCUGAGCACGCUCCUGGUCCUGUGCGCCCUGCGCGAGAUCGUCCUCGCCGCGCACGCUCCCGGACCUCGCGCCGCACUCCCCGCGAUGCGCCUGUUCGCCCUCGGGACGCACCUCGCCGCGCUCGCUGCGCUCCUCCCCCUCGCGCGCGCCGUCCUCCCGCCGCACGUCGUCGUCCUCUCGCGCGACAACCUGUUCCCCGCCGAGCGCGGCGGCACGCUCGCCUUCCCGCCCGAGUGCGACGGCGCGACACUCGUCGUGCACAACAACUCGGACGCGUUCGGGCAGAACAUCGAGAGCGAGGCGGCGGGAGGGAGCCUCGACGGCGUGCUUGGCGCGUGGACGGACGCGAGCCGGAGCCUGAGGCGGGACCGCGAGGACCUGCUCGACUUUGUCGGGUGA